AUGGUGUUUUACACGUGUGGACCAAAUGAGGCCAUGGUGGUAUCAGGCUUCUGUCGCAGCCCCCCAGUUAUGAUUGCGGGUGGCCGCGUGUUUGUCCUGCCCUGCAUACAGCAGAUUCAGAGGAUCUCCCUAAAUACUCUGACGCUGAAUGUAAAGAGUGAGAAGGUCUAUACUCGCCAUGGAGUCCCUAUAUCUGUUACUGGCAUUGCUCAGGUGAAGAUCCAGGGACAGAACAAAGAGAUGCUGGCAGCGGCUUGUCAGAUGUUCCUGGGUAAAACCGAAAAUGAGGUGGCUCAGAUCUCUCUGGAAACCUUGGAGGGUCACCAGCGUGCCAUCAUGGCUCACAUGACUGUGGAAGAAAUCUACAAGGAUAGGCAGAAGUUCUCUGAGCAAGUCUUUAAAGUAGCCUCUUCAGAUCUUGUAAACAUGGGAAUCAGCGUUGUGAGCUACACUUUGAAGGACAUUCAUGAUGACCAGGAUUACCUGCACUCUCUGGGAAAGGCUCGGACAGCUCAGGUACAGAAGGAUGCCAGAAUCGGUGAGGCUGUGGCCAAGCGAGAUGCUGGAAUUAAGGAAGCAGCGGCCCUACAGGAGAAAGUUUCUGCCCAGUAUAUCAAUGAAAUUGAGAUGGCUAAAGCUCAAAGGGAUUUUGAGCUGAAGAAGGCCACGUAUGAUCUGGAAGUAAACAGCAGGAAAGCAGAGAGUGACCUAGCCUACCAGUUACAGGUGGCCAAGACAAAGCAGAAGAUUGAGGAGCAGAAGGUUCAGGUCCAGGUGGUGGAGAGGGCUCAACAGAUUCAACUACAAGACCAGGAGAUCAUGAGGAAGGAGAAGGAGCUGGAGGCCAAAGUCAAGAAACCAGCAGAAGCAGAACGUUACCGACUGGAGAAACUGGCUGAAGCAGAGAGGAUGAAGCUCAUUACUGAAGCCGAGGCAGAAGCUGAGGCCAUCAGGGUAAAGGGAGAGGCUCAGGCUUAUGCCAUUGAAGUCCGUGCUCGUGCUGAUGCUGAGCAGAUGGAGAAGAAAGCAGAAGCCUUCCAGCAAUAUCAGGAAGCUGCCGUAGUGGACAUGUUGCUGGAGAAGCUGCCUGAGGUUGUCGAGGAGAUCAGCAAACCUUUAACCAAAGUGAAAAAGAUUAAAAUGGUGUCCAGCGGUGGAAGUGAGGUUGGAGCUGCCAAGAUUACAGGAGAAGUAUUGGAUAUACUAAACCGCUUGCCAGAAACAGUGGAGAAACUGACCGCAUUAACAUCAAUCAGGUCAGUAGUUCCCAUAAGCCAAUUGCUCUGA